AUGAGCCGUUAUCGCCCCCCGCAACCGAAGUCUUCGCCGUAUAUCACCCCGGAAGGAUUCGAGACCUUACAAACAGAAGAGCUGAACCUGUGGAAACACCGGGCAGAAGUUACCCAGGCGCUCUCUGCCGCGGCAGCGGAAGGCGACCGUUCCGAAAAUGCUGAAUAUAUUUAUCGGAAAAAGCAGUUAAGAGAGAUAGAUAGACGUAUUCGCUAUCUGCAAAAGCGGCUGCCGGAUCUGACCGUGGUUGAUAGUGUAGGCAAUCACGAUCAGAUUUUUUUCAGCGCCUGGGUCGAGCUGGAAACGGAAGACGGUGCGACGGUCAAAUAUCGAAUUGUUGGCGGUGACGAGAUCGAUGCCGACACCUCGAAGGGCUACAUAAGCGUCGAUUCACCAAUGGCACGCGCACUAUUGAAAAAGGAAGUUGAUGAUGAGGUCAAUGUCAAAAUUGGCGACAGCAAUAAAACUUACUUCAUCAAUUCCAUUCGCUACAGCGACUAUAGCAAGUAA